AUGUGUUUUGAUUGGUCAAUGGAUUUUGUCCAUUCGUAUGAAGGAGGUUUUGCAACGAAAGGAGGAGAACGAACAAAGAUUGCAUCAGCUUUUUAUCCAUUUAGAACUCUUACCUCUAUAUCAUUGCCAAUGUUUCGCUUUGCUAAAACAAUUUCACGAACAACAUCACCACUUAUCCAACAUGUGGUCCGUCGUUCGCUAGCUAAAGACAUUAAGUUCGGCUCUGAUGCACGAGUAUUGAUGCUCCAAGGUGUCGAUAUUCUCGCAGACGCUGUUGCCGUUACAAUGGGCCCCAAGGGACGAAAUGUCAUUCUUGAACAAAGUUGGGGUGCACCUAAAAUCACUAAAGAUGGUGUCACUGUUGCUAAAGGUGUUGAACUUAAAGAUAAAUUUCAAAAUAUUGGUGCUAAACUCGUCCAAGAUGUGGCAAACAAUACCAACGAAGAAGCCGGUGAUGGUACAACAGCUGCAACCGUUCUUGCCCGAGCCAUCGCUAAAGAAGGUUUCGACAAAAUCUCUCGUGGUGCUAAUCCAAUUGAAGUUCGUCGUGGUAUUAUGCUUGCUGUAACAACUGUUGUCAAUGAAUUGAAACGUAUGUCGAAAACAGUCACUACACCCGAAGAAAUUGCUCAAGUAGCAACGAUCUCGGCAAACGGUGAUGUAUCCAUCGGUGAUAUCAUUUCAAACGCAAUGAAAAAAGUUGGCAAAAAUGGUGUUAUUACCGUUAAAGAUGGUAAAACUUUAAUGGACGAACUCGAAGUCAUUGAAGGCAUGAAAUUCGAUCGUGGUUAUAUCUCACCGUACUUUAUCAACACAACAAAAGGUGCUCGGUGUGAAUUUCAAGAUGCUUUUCUUUUGAUCAGCGAAAAAAAAUUAUCAUCUGUUCAAGAACUUAUUCCAGCUUUGGAAUUAGCGAAUAGUCAACGCAAACCAUUACUUAUCAUUGCUGAAGAUAUCGAUGGCGAAGCAUUAACAACACUUGUCCUCAACAGACUUAAAGUUGGUCUUCAAAUCUGUGCCAUCAAGGCUCCCGGUUUUGGUGAUAAUCGUAAAAACACUUUACGAGAUAUUGCUGUUGCUUGUGGUGGUACUGUUUUUGGUGAUGAAGCUAACUUGAAUAAACUCGAAGAAAUAACAGUGAAAGACUUUGGUCGUGUUGGUGAAGUUGUCGUCACUAAAGAUGACACAUUGUUAAUGCGUGGCAAGGGUGAUUCAUCUGCCAUCGAACAACGCAUCAAUGCAAUUAAUGAUGAAAUCACUGAAACCAAUUCUGAAUAUGAAAAAGAAAAAUUACAAGAACGUUUGGCAAAAUUAUCCAAAGGCGUUGCUGUACUCAAAGUUGGUGGUGGUAGCGAAGUUGAAGUCAAUGAAAAGAAGGACCGUAUCACUGAUGCACUGAAUGCUACACGUGCUGCAGUCGAAGAAGGUAUUGUACCCGGUGGUGGUGUUGCUCUUUUACGAUGUCUUAAAGUAUUGGAAAGCAAUAUUACUGCUGCAAACGAUGAUCAAAAAAUCGGUAUUGAAAUUGUACGAAAAGCCCUUCGUAUGCCAUGCUCAACCAUUGCUAAGAAUGCCGGAAAAGAUGGUAGUGUAAUCGUCGAGAAAGUGCUCAUGUCUCCAUUUGAAAUUGGUUAUGAUGCUCAACGAGAUGAAUUCGUUGAUAUGAUCAAAGCUGGUAUCAUUGAUCCAACCAAAGUUGUUCGAACAGCAUUACAAGAUGCCAGUGGUGUUGCUUCAUUAUUAACAACAGCCGAAGCUGUUGUUGUCGAAGCACCUAAGCCCGAAAAGGACGCUGCACCAGCCAUGGGAGGCAUGGGCGGCAUGGGUGGAAUGGGUGGAAUGGGCGGAAUGGGUGGUAUGGGUUUUUGA